ACGGCAAGAGAAGCCGCAAGGGCGAUCAGGCGCGUGAUAGGAGCCAUUGUGUUGAUACGCUUCAUCCACGGACGCAGUUGAUCUACAGCGAGCUGCCCUUGCUUUUAUACGAGUCUCUCUCCGCGGUCAUCAUCCAUGUGCCACAGCUAAGUUCCUGCCCAGGAGCCAGGGUUGCUGCGAGCAUCACCAUCAGGAGAAGAUCAAUCAUCGGAGUCGCGCGAAGCUGUCCCUUGCUUGGCGUCUAGGCGCGCGACGACGCGUGCAAUGUCUGAUAGGCCAGGAGAUACCGAGGAACCCGCCCAAUACAGAAGGUGGGCAGUAGCGGAGAUUGAAUUGAAUGGGGCGGCGACUGCCGCUCAGGUGGCUGAUGGAUGUUUCCUAUCAUCCAUAGAUAUGGUCGAGAUAAAACACGUGGAGUUGAUAUGGAGGCCUUGCAAAUACGAUAUUCAGGGGAAAGUUGAUGCAGGUUGCUGUUGUGGCGGAAGCCACGAACGUCCCACCAAUAACAACGGCGCACGUGUAACCGUCGUGCACUUGGGUUUGUGUGGAUCCCAUCGCGUGAGCUCAUUGUCGUUUACAGCUCGGAAGCACGAUUUGGGCGCUGCAACUCAAGAGGAAUUCGAUCUCAUGUUUGACAACCCUGGAAAGCUGUUGGCACAUUCGUCACUGUGUGUUGUCUUGGGCAAUGCGAAAGGAAGCCCCAUGCGAAGCGAACAGAGACAUUGUCUCCUGAUCAUCACGCCUGUCGCAGGGCAGGGUGGAAACGUGGUAUACGAACGGAUCGGAGCAGGGUUUUUGCCCGGCAAAUGUAUCUCACCGCCGACUGGACUUGUACACAUCUACUAGGUAGCAGACUAAGGGGAUUCAAUCUCUUCAGGUGGAUGGAGCUAUGGUAGGGGUUCAGCGUCUGCUCACAAAGGCAAUUUCAAUUGACCAUGCAAAGCCUGCUAAUGGCAAGCAUCACAACUCUGGCUUCCUGUACACUCUCUCCCACACGACCAGCUUGUGUUGUGGGUCAGCAAUAUGAUGCUUUCCAAAUCGCAGAUAAAGGUGUGACCUGCUUGCAUCGAUGCUAGUCACCUACAGCUCAACGCACGUUCUGCAG